AUGGGCCUCAUCAAAACAGGAAUUGUCGCAGGCACCGCCCUCGCCGCCACGUCCAAGGUCGCAAAGGCCAUCGAGAAGAACCAGGCCAACAACAACAACAACAGCAGCAUGCAAACCCCACCGCACCCACCCUGCAACUGCCGGUUCUGCCCGUACUCGGCGCAGGCGACCGGCCAGGUGGACCACCCAAACUACAUCCCGGGCGGUCAGUACGCGCAGCAGCAGCAGCGCGCCUAUGAGACCCGCGAGCUGGGCGGCGGCGGGGGUGCACGUGCCGGCCGGAUUGAUAAUUAUGCGGCACCUCCGCCGCCCAGCGCGCCCGGUGGUGGCCCCGGCUAUCCGACAUAUCGAGAGGGCUACCCUGUGUAUGAUGACGAGAGGAGGUACUAG